AUGGAGAACUAUAAGAAGACCAAAAUUGUGGAGAAACCUUGUCCUCUUCCUUUCACCGACCUGCCUCCAGAUAUUAUUGAAAUGAAGGUGAAGGACGGAAGCAAAAUCAGAAAUCUGAUGGGCUAUGCCAUCGGCAGGAUGGAGCUGGACUCGGUGAGGCAGAUUCUUUUCACUGGCUCAGGCAAGGCCGUCAGCAAGACCAUCACCUGUGUGGAAAUCAUGAAACGAAGGCUGAAAGAGCUGCACCAGAUCACCAAAGUGCUCUUCAAACAGAUCGAAGAGAUCUGGGAACCCAUUGUGCCUGAGGCGGGCCUCGAUGCCUUGACGGUGAAGAGGAACAUCCCUGCCAUAUGCGUCCUGCUCAGCAAGGACGCCCUCGACCCUCAGGAGCCGGGAUACCAGGCUCCGGGCUCCUUUGAUGCCUUCUGGAUCGAGACGCUGAAAGCGGAGUCUCAGGGGCAGAUGAAGAGGAGGCAGGGUGGAGGCAGGGGAGCUGGCGGCACCGGGAAGCACCCUCGCUCAGCGGGAGCAGCGCCCGGGGAGUCCUGCGCCAAGUCCUGA